ACGAAAACACCAUGAAGUUGGCGAUGCUGCUUCUCCUCCUCGUGUCGGUGUCGUGUCCGCUCUCCGUCGCCUCCAUCGCUGCUCCAAAUGAGUUUGUGUCCUUGGCAGAGAUGGAGGACGCCCUCCUCAAGAACCUUUUCCAGGGCUACCAGCGCUGGGUCAGGCCCAUCCAGCGCGCCAACGACACUGUUAGAGUGCGCUUCGGACUUAAGAUCUCUCAGCUGGUUGAUGUGGAUGAGAAAAAUCAGCUGAUGACAACUAAUGUUUGGCUGUGUCAGGAGUGGAUUGAUUACAAGCUGCGAUGGAAUCCAGAUAAAUAUGGAGGAAUCACGUCCAUCAGAGUUCCUUCAGAAAAUAUCUGGCUCCCAGACAUCGUCCUGUAUGAGAAUGCUGACGGGCGGUUUGAAGGCUCCCUGAUGACCAAAGCCAUUGUGAAGUUCAACGGUGCCAUCACCUGGACGCCACCUGCCAGUUACAAAUCCGCCUGCACCAUGGAUGUCACCUUCUUCCCCUUUGACCGCCAGAACUGCACCAUGAAGUUUGGCUCCUGGACGUACGAUGGCAACAUGGUGGACCUGGUUCUGAUGGACAACCAGGUUGAUCGGAAAGACUUCUUUGAUAACGGGGAGUGGGAGAUACUCAGUGCCACUGGUGCUAGAGGAAACAGGAAGGAUGGCUUGUAUUCCUACCCCUUCAUCACAUACUCCUUCAUCCUAAAGAGGCUGCCGCUGUUCUACACGCUCUUCCUCAUCAUCCCUUGUUUGGGUUUGUCCUUCUUGACCGUCCUGGUGUUUUACUUGCCCUCAGACGAAGGAGAGAAGCUGUCGCUCUCUACCUCCGUCCUCGUGUCGCUCACUGUGUUCCUCCUGGUCAUCGAAGAAAUCAUUCCCUCCUCCUCCAAGGUGAUCCCGCUCAUCGGAGAGUACCUGCUCUUCAUUAUGAUCUUCGUCACUCUCUCCAUCAUUGUCACCGUCUUUGUCAUCAACGUGCACCACCGCUCCUCGGCCACCUACCACCCCAUGUCGCCGUGGGUUCGGAACCUCUUCCUGCAGAAGCUUCCCAGGUUGCUCUGCAUGCGAGGACACACCGACCGCUACCACUACCCAGAGCUGGCCCCAGAAAGCCCUGAGCUGAAGUCUCGCUCUGGAGGUCGCAGAGGAGGCCAGAGGACGAACAGCGGAGUGCACGGACAAACCAAUUCAGAGGGGAAGGAGGACGAGGCCUGGGCCACCAUGCUGGAGAAAGCCAUCUACUCGGUGCGCUACAUCAGCAGACACAUCCGUAAAGAGCACUUCAUCCGCGAGGUAGUACAAGACUGGAAGUUUGUCGCCCAGGUGUUAGACAGGAUCUUCCUGUGGGCUUUUCUCACCGUCUCAGUACUGGGCACCAUCCUCAUCUUUACUCCAGCUCUGCAGAAGUUCAUGAAAAUCCCUCCUCCGACUCCAAGUGAAGAGCCACCUUCAAACUAG